GUGAUCAGAGAAUCUGAAUAGAACUUUUGAAAAGAUUUGGUUUAAAAAAUGUUUUAAAAAUGUGGAUUACAACAGUGUUAUUCUACCGGCACGUUCCAGGACGAAUCUUUUCUGGUAAACAUCGUGCAGUUAUGAAAGUUACGAAGUAUCAAAGGAAACGUGUGGAUAGAAAGAACCAACAAAUCGAGAGUAACAUGGAACUACUAAGUUUUCCUUUUUUAACAGUGUCCCAAGAGCACUCCCAUGCUACUGCAAGAAAGCACAAAGAAAGGAAGGAUUUCUUUGACAAGAUUAAGCAAAAUAGAACACUAGGAAAAACUGCAGUUCACAAUGUGACUAAUUCAUCUCGAACACCUGGACUUCUUCAACAUCUUAAUGUUACUAAACCUUGAUUGUCAAAAUUUAUAAACUUUAUUUCAAACUUUACUUGUUCUCAGAUUAGCUUCAAUGCCAGGAAUGCAUUUUUAAACCAAUUGUCAGAACCAUCUGCCAGACUCUUCAUUAACAAAGUCAAAUUGUUGAUUAAAAUAGGAAAGAUUUUCGAUUUUUGAAUAGGGUAUUCUCUCCCGUUCCAUUAUAACCAAGGAGCAGCGUGGCAGUGUCUUCAAACAACUUAGCAUCAAAAGUGGUAAAACAACUGCCUAAAUAGACAAAAGACUUCUUGAAGUUUCGACCUGACGGCCUUCAGGUCAAAACGUCGAGAAGUGUUUUGUCUAUUUAGGCAGUUGUUAUACCACAUUAGAUGCUAAGUCAUUCUCCCUAAUACAGGAUAUAAAAAAUCAACUCCCCUAAUAAUGGGCCAUGUAUGUCAACUAAAACAAUACCUAGACUUCGAAACAUGAUUGAUAACAAGAUACUUAUAAAAUAAAAACACAACUAUACAUUAAUUUAAUUAGAUGAUUUUU